UUCAAACAUUCCUCUCUUGCUGCGUUAACUGCAAUUGGAUAGCGAGUGGAGUUUGCAAAGCAUGACAGCUGCACUUCAUGUACUUCUCCCUACCAUCAACCUUUUAUCACAAUGGCAGAGGAAGGAUUAGCAGCCAAUUCAACUGCCGCAGCUGCUAAUCAAGAAGCAGUUGUAAUCCAUCCAACUGCUUCCAAACAACAACAAAAACGUGUUCAAGUCGAAUCUCGAACAGUGAUUUCAUCUCGUAAUGUGACCGGUUUGAUCUUACGCGUUCGUACACUCGUACAAGAAUGGUUAAGUGUAGAAGUUGAAGAAGAGAGCCUAACAAGCGCAGAAGGUUUGCUUACAGAAGAAGCUGUUGAUACUUUCUUGGCUGCUGGAGGUGAUUUGGGUGAUGUAGUUCCAUUCGCUUUGCUGGAAGCAAGAAAGACGUUCAAACGACAAGUUGACGAUGGUGACGAUGGCAAUUUGAACGAUUUACGUGCUUUGGCUUGUGAAAUUUUGGCACGUAGAGUUGUCGCACUAAUCGAGGCCAAUACCACUUCCAACACUGGCCAGCACAGUCAUGUCUCAUUGAGCAAGCGUUUCGUUCGAUUGGAAGAGGAUGGUGAUGAAGCACAACCUUCAAGUGCACUAGAAAGUGCAGUAGAUCAAAAUUGCGUAUACUUUUUAUCGGGACCCGAGGCACAAAGAUGUGCAGAGGAGAUCUGGCAAGGAAAGCUAGUACAAAAGUUUGGCGAACAUAGAAAUGUGUUCUUUGAGCCUCAUCAUAUCAAUGAUGCAUCAUUCAUCAGUCGAAUCAAUCCUUCAAGGUUAUCUGUGCCGCAAUAUGCAUACUAUUCCGGUCUUGCUAUUCAUAUCGCUUUUAUUGUCAUUUACACCUUUUCCACGUUGGAGUUCACCGGCUUGGACGCAUGGGAAAUCGUUCUUUGGAUCUUUGCAGCGGGUUAUCUGGUCGAUGACCUUACACGUUGGUUCAAGAUGGGCGGUUUGGACAAAGUGAUUUCAUUCUGGGUCUUGGUUGAUCUAUGCUCGGAUAUUUUGUUCGUCGCUGCUUUUUCCGUUCGCAUUACUGGCUGGAUCGAAGGGAAAGAUGCGGAAAAGGCUUAUCAUUAUAGACUGCUUGCUUUCCAAUUGUUGAGUUGUAUUGCUCCUCUGUUGUGGAUGCAACUGCUCAAGCUAGCCGAUGGUCUGCAGUACUUUGGUGUGAUUCAAAUCGUGCUUUUACGUAUGAUCAAAGAAGCUGCAGCCUUCUUCUUGCUUUUGUUGAUCACUGCUGUUGGGUAUGCACAAUCUUUGUUUGCUCUCGAUGCAGCUGAUGGUCAUCGAGUAAAAGGUUCCGUUUCAGUGAUCUCCAACUUGCUUAUCCAAGCAAUCCUUGGUCAACCUGAUUUUGAAGGACCAAACAAGAAAUUCGGCGCACCUUUUGGUACGAUUAUCUUUUACUUUUACACAUUCAUCACAGUGAUGUUGCUAGCAAAUAUUCUGGUCGCCUUUUUUGCAUCCGCAUACGACAAAACAGUUGAUGCUGCUGAUUCAGUUUUCAAGGCAUACUUCUGUUCCAAAGUUAUUGCCUCCGUCCGUGCACCUGAUCAAUACGUUUAUUUGGCGCCGUUUAAUUUGUUGGAAGCAUUUUUGAUCGCUCCAUUCGAACCAAUCUUGCCAAGAAAGGUUUAUGCAACGAUUAACAAAUAUGUUCAAGGAGUAAUCUUUUUUAUUCCUUUGAUCGUGAUUGCAUUUUAUGAAUCAAAUUGGCAAGGAAGUGCUGCACAUAGAAUUUACUUGGAAAUGAUUGAUGACAUGCCGGAAGAAAGGGUACGCAAGUUGGCAAACGUUUCCGGGAUUUCUAACGUUAAAGAUCCGGUCAUCGAAGGGGAAGAACAACAGGAAAAUGCCGUCAUUUCUCGUACACCAUUUAAGCAGCUGGCAUCCAAAUUGCCUUCAGUAAAGAGCGGAUCCGAAGAGAAGGAAGAAAGCAACGGCGAUCAAACAGUAUCGAACACAGAUCUUGCAGCAUUAAUGUCGGAGCUGAAAGCAUUACGGUCAGAGAUUGCAGCACUUAAGAAGUAAAACGCUUCUCCAAAAAAAGCAAAACCUUCUCAGUGGUUACCCUUCUAUCAAUCUAGUGUAUUUUUGUUUUGCUUGCUUGUCAAUGAUAUCAUGCUUUUGAAU